AGAAGAUUACGUCAAAUGGUAUCGCAUUUGCUCUUAAAAAAUAUCUGGCAACGCUAAGAAGACUGUUUAUAAGUCAAUUUAAUGCAAAAAAAAUUGAGAUGAAUCUAGAAAUAGAAGAUGACCUCACUUUGGAGGAAAUUCAAUUAAUCACUGACUUGGACAGUCGUCAAUAUGGUUUUUUAAAUCUGUCGCUUCCGGAAAACUCGCAUGUUCGAACACUGAUACAACGUGCCGUUAAAAUUCUUCAAGGCAUCAUAUUGACAGCGCGGCAUCGCGAAGAGGAAAAAAAGGUUCGAGCGGAAAAAUCGGAAACUAUUCAUAUUGACCCUACGGAAGCAUCCUCACCGAAAGUCGAAAUAAAGAUUGAAUUAUUAGAUGAAGAUUCUAAAAAGGAAAAUAUAACUGGGUCUGGUUCGGCAACCGCCACUGCUCUCACUGAAACUGAACAAGAUGUUAAAAAAGAACAGGAAGAUAAGGAAGUCGAAGAAAUCAACAAAAAUAAUAUUCUCAAUGAAAAUGGAACGGAAGAAGAGUUGAGUGUGGAUCCAAAAACGUACUGCAAACUUGGGCACUUACACAUACUGCUAGAAGAAUAUGAUGAAGCACUCUCCGCAUAUCAAAAGUACUUUGAAUUGUAUCCGAAAAACUGGAAAGACACAAAUUUUCUUUACGGAUUAGGAAUGGUGUACUUUCAUUUUAAUGCUUAUAAAUGGGCAAUAAGAGCAUUUCAACAAUUAUUGUACUUGAAUCCUUGUUUUUCAUGUGCGAAUGAGGCUCAUUUGCGUCUCGGGUUUAUGCUCAAAGUAGUUGGUGAAUAUAAAGCAUCAUUAAAGCAUUAUCAAUUAGCGUUACUUGAUAUAUCACCGUCAACAUUCACCCAACUUCAGA